AUGGCAAAAAGGGGCGUUAGCCAGUCGAAAAAAGAGGUGGCGGUGCGCCAGAGGACAAUUGAAAGAACGAUCAUCACACAUGCGGUCGUGGAACUGGAAGAAGAAAUCGAGGAUGGAAUUGCACAACGACAAAUAUCAGAGCCAACAACCCAGGGAGAAUCCCUAAUCGAGGAUCAAGGACCUGAAAAGGAAACGAAAAAAUCACCAGAAACAGAGGAAAAAGUCAACGCAAAACCCUGGGUAGAAGUUAUCUCUGGAAAUUGA